ACAUCUGCUCAGCUCUGUUUCAGAUCUGGUGUUCAGACUUGUUUGUUCAGGGGGUCUCUGACAUGGCAGAAAGUGUGGGAACCCCCUACAGCUUCUGCAUAAAGACUGAUAUCGAAGACAUAGAGGGUUAAUUUCAAGCCCCCACCACCACCACCCACAUCUCCAAUUUGAAAGCCGCCUCUCUACCGGGAGAGGAAGGCUCUUUUUCGGUCAGAUGGCGUGCUGCAGUCCGCCCCCGUCAUUCUCCAGCCCACACAGACAGGGCAGCCAGCAACCAAUACGGUGUGCCGGAGGAGGAUUUCUGCCAGUGAUUUCAGACGAGCUACGAUACGCAAAGGGGAUUUACUACGCCACUCCGAGCCGGGGAAGCUUUCGGCAAUAGAUACUCGGGUAAGAAACGAAUAUGAUUCCAGAUUCGAUGUGUUUUCGCGGGGUGUUUUCUCGCACAUCUGGCUCAGGAUCACUUGUCAUCAUUCGAUGUUUAUCGGGAAAAAAAAACAGAUAAUAAUAACCCAAGUGUCGCUACUUUGAGGCAGCCUAUAUGUAGCGUGCUGUUGUCUCUUUGUCCACAGAAAUGAGUUUGUGUUUCUUUACCAGUUUCACCCCGCGUGGACCCACCUGGAAGCUGUGACAUCGCGUGGUUGGGGAGACAACUUUCUAUCAUUACGCAGGUCUCCUCUGUGCACAUCCGUCUACCUGACCUGGAAAAGGUAGGACAGCAUUUUCAAACUCAGAGGUGUAUUGGGUGGAAAAAAGGUUUUAAAGAUGUACAUUGUUCCUUUAUGGUGAACUUUUCUGUUCUGUUCAUGGUGUUAUAUGUGAAUACCUCAUCAAUGUAAAUAGUCUUGAGCAGUUUUGGACAUCUAGAUCUUGUUAUCAUCUUUUCUUGGAUUGAUAAUCACAAAGGAUUUCCCCAGCUGCUUGUUCAUAUGUCUCUUUCCUCCUGCCCAAACUUUCCAGAGCUGUUUGCCAUGUCUUUGCCACGCACACUUGGGGAGCUGCAGCUCUAUCGGGUGCUGCAGAGGGCCAACCUGCUGGCCUAUUAUGAAACCUUCAUCCAGCAGGGUGGUGACGAUGUGCAGCAGCUCUGCGAGGCGGCAGAGGAGGAGUUCCUGGAGAUCAUGGCACUAGUUGGCAUGGCCACCAAGCCACUGCAUGUGCGUAGGCUGCAAAAGGCUCUACGAGACUGGGCAGCUAACCCUGCCCUUUUCAGCCAGCCUGUCUCUAAUGUCCCUCUGGGGGGCAUCCCACUGUUCAAAGUGGAUGGGACAGGAAGUGGAUCAGCAGGUGGGCCAAGAAAGUCUGUGAGCAAUGGGCAGCCAGGAUCUCCAUGUGAGAGGGAGGACCGGGCGUGCCUUACUCCCAUGCAUAGUGGAAGCCCCAGAAGCCCCUGCUCCCAGGCCUCCCCACAGCCACCAGACACACACUACAGAGAGAAACUAUCCCCCAUAGAUCCGCACUGGCUCAGCCCAGAGCCUGAUGGGAAUUGCAGUUUGGCUUCUGCAUCUGGAGUAGAUGAGGAGCCCCCCAGCCCACAGUGUCCUCUUGGUCCCUCAACAUCUCCAAGCCCCUCUGCUUCCUUCACACCUGUGGCUCUGUCAGCCUGGCCUGGAGGACAGCUGGACAGGGAAACAGCAAGGGCGGUAGUGGAGAGCGUGGAGAGGCUCCUCAGGACCUUGCCUAGGUCCGAUCCUACAGAAGUGAAGACUCUGCUCAGGAUGAACAAGAAGAUGGCAAAGACUGUGGGCCACAUCUUUAAAAUGGCCCCCCAGGAUGUGAACAAAGAAGAGGAGAUCAGGAAAUACAGUCUCAUCUACGGACGCUUUGACUCCAAGAGGAGAGAAGGGAAGCAGCUCACACAUCAUGAGGUAAAGGAACAACCAUGAUGUGAGGCAAGUGUCUGACAUCCUGUAAACCAGUUCAAUCAGGAAAAAGUCAACACCAGAAACAAAAUACGCUGUUGCUUUAUUGUUUUUAUGUCAUUAUCACAGUGUCCGUCCCCCCUUCACUCAGUGCUUUUCCUCCACAGCUGAUUAUCAAUGAAGCUGCCGCCCAGUUCUGCAUGCGUGACAAUGCCCUCUUGCUGAGACGGGUGGAGCUCUUUUCUUUGGCUCGGCAGGUGGCAAGAAAGUGUGCCUACACGUCCACACUCAAGCAUGCAAGGUAGGGGUGCCGUCCAUAUAGAAGAGCGAUCUGUUUUUCCAGAAGCCAGCUCCUGCUGUGUCUCAAUUGUUCCAACGCUAAUCGUUCUAUAGAGUUAACAUUAUCUUACAGUAAUGCUAAAUGUCCUAGCUGUUAUAUUUAGCAGAUACUUUAUGUACCUGUGGUUUUGUCUGACUCAUCUUUCCACCAGUUCAUUCAUUUUCUCUAUGAACCGCAUUCACAUCUCAGUGGGAAUCAAACGUCAACCUUUGCAGCUUUAGCAUAAUGAGCAAACGCCGGACUCAGUCAUCACAAAUCCCCUGUGUGUCUGUGAACUUGAAAACAUGUUUGCAGAAUUAGUAUCAUGGUUGCUGCCAAUCUGCGAGUGCCACUCUUGAUCAGAAAUCCCUUGUGAAAUAUUGACUUUCUCUCAUAUUGAUGUUGUAUUUUUAAAGUUGGUUUUACUGUUUCCCUCCCAUAGGACAAAUGCAGAUGAGAACAGCGUCCUGUCCCUGAAGAGAGCGAGACACGAGGUGAAUUUUCUCAGCAGCACUCAGUGCGACGACUUAUUGAUGAUGAUGUGAUUUUAACACAUGACCCUGUGUGUAAACAGAGCUAAAGUUCAGGGGAGUUGUCGGUGAUGUGAAGUGAUUCAUCAGCACUGAAAUGACACUGAUGUGUUUUAGGUAAUUGUUCCUGAGAGUGUAUCAUCCCUUCUGGGAGUCGAGGGCUCAGAGGGCGUGACACAGAGAGCAGACGACGACAGCUUAUCCACAGAAAGCCUUGACAGUGUGUCUCAUGGUAAACACUCCAGAUCAUUGUCCUGCUUGUUUCUACGAAAACUCGGGGUUUGAAGAUGCCUUUUACACCCGGGUCUGUGUGUUUGUUUCAGACAUCACAGGCUCACAGUGCAACCAGUCUCCAUCCCCUCGUCCACACACAGACACCUCCAACCCCGCCAACUGGAGUCGCCAUCUCAUACAGCAAACGCUAAUGGAUGAAGGGCUGCGAUUGGCUCGGUUGGUGUCACAUGAUCGGGCUGGCAAGCUCAGUCUGGGAUCUGAAGGAACUCACUCUACAGGUGACAUUUCCAAUAAUGACUUGAUAAGAUGUUCUUAAUAAUGGGCAAAGAAUAAAACUUGACACUGAAUUUUGCAGACCUUUGUUUGGGUUCAGAAAAUAUUUUAGUAAUGAUCUUGGGAAGAAAGACCCAAUACUAGUCUCUGCUUUCAAUAGUAAACAAAGGAGUAGCAGCCGGUUAGCUUAGCAUAGCUCAACAAAUGGAAAAAAGUGAAACCACAGGUCUGUACAACGGUUCGAGACUCCUCCUACAAACAUCACUAAAAUCACAAAUAAUGUUUAUUUCUUAUUUAUUGUGAACCUAAAAAAUAAAGUAAAAAAAUACAUUUCUUACUUCACAAGGGUUGUGUGCUGGACUAUUUUCUAUCUGGAAGCUGUUCUACAUCAUAUACAUCAUAUUGGAUGUUAAAUAUAUCAUAAAUAUUAAAUAAACAACACAUAAUAUGUUUAUAAGCGAGCAUUACGGAUGCUGGUGUUGUUAGUUCUGAAACUAGGCUUGCUUUUUCAUUGAGCUCUCAGUAUUUUAUGCAAGGCAAGGGUCAGUGAUUACUGAGGCUGGACUAUUUUACCAAACAAACAAACAUGAGGGCAAACUCUGCAAAAAAAAAAAAUCUUAUCUUGAAAAUAUCAAGGUUCUUCUUAAAAUAUGAAUAUUAGGAGUGUAAUCAGAGGAGAUAAAGUUCAUGUUGGGGUUAACUAAAAUAGACAGGCAGAGACUCCUUAGCCUCUCCGAACAAUGAAUAUUUCAUGGCUCUUCGGCCUGUACUCUAGUGAGUCAGACUCUGUGACGCCUCCCACUAUGCACAGCUGAACUUCAGCAGACAGCAAAUUAGAGAGGAGAGAAGUUAGAAGGAGAAACAGAAGGAGAUGGAGAGUAUAUAAAGAGAGGGAAAGAGUAAGAGAGGGAGGGUUGAGAAGAGGGGGGGGGCAUGUUGAGCUGUUAUAGCACUUCCGUAAGACCCGGUUACUGUAGCAUGUUUUAUGAUGCAUCACAGCCUCUCACAAGAAAAAGAAAAAAAAAAAAAGAUGCAAGUGAUCCAAGCAAGUUAGUCGUUCUGGGCUGAGAUAGCCAGCUGAAGAGAUGAAGCGAGAAGGAAGCCAGCAAAGACAUGAGGGGGCGGGGAGGGAGGAGAGGAGGGGGGGCAAAGGAAGUUCUCCGUGGGCGGCAGAACCAGAGCCCCCCCUCUCAGCUACAACUGACGUCAGAGUGUGUUAGGUGCGUGGGCUGAAGGGCGGGAUGGAUGGGGCGUGGGGGCGAGGGAGUGGGAGGUAAUUGGAGGGGCGUUGCAUUGACUCACCAAGCGACAGUGUACAAAAAUAAAACCUGUGGGCAGGGAAAUGGCACAGUCUUUUUCAUACAUCUUCUCCCUCCGCCGAAAGGAGUGCGGAAACAACAAAAAAAAUGACAUAUGUUUCAUCUCUGACGUUGAUCUUCCUCACUUUGUUUUUAUCUCUCUAACUCAUCCAAGUUUCCCUCGUCUGUGUCUCUCAUUAAUCUGAACUUUCUCUCACUUCCUGUCUACGUCACUGUUUUCUACCAUAACUUAUCCUCAUCUCCCCUUGCUGCUGAUUUAAAUCAGAAUAUUCUUUUGUCUAUACAUUAGAAUCACAAAGUCAGACAGUCUCCAUAUGUAACUGAAUAUGUGUUCAGAUUUUAUUCUUAUGUGUUAAGAUUUUAUUCUUUACACAAAGUCUUCAGAAGUUAUAAUGACACAGCAUGCUAAUGUUUAAACACCUGAACACUAAGGGUUUAUAAUGAGCAAAUUAAAAAAAGGACAGGUCAAUAAAUGAAUAUUUUUCACACUCUUAAGCAUUAUCUGCAUCAAACAAGCACUCAUUAACUGUUUCCAAUCCUCAUCAGAGGUAUUUGAUCAAGUAAAAAAAUAUAACAUGAGCAUCGAUUUUUGCCUGAUUUCUUCAAUGUGUCUUGUCGACUGAUUUGUUGACUUAUUCACCAGCUCAUUUAAACAUGCAACACUGGACACUGUCUGUUACUGACAGCUUGGGUUUGUCAUGAUGAGUUCACUCCAUGUGGGAGAUUUUCUUGCUGAAUACCCAAAAGUUCUUAAAACACUGGUGACAUAGCAAUCACUGUGACUCUUGACUCAUAUUUAUCAAAAUUAAAAUGACUAUAAUAGGAUGUAAGGUCAUUUUAAAACAGUGUAAAAUAUCCUGUAUUAGGAAGAAAUACCAGGUUGAAAUACAAGUUGUUAUCUUGCUUUAAUCUUUUCAUUUUCCUGAUUCACAGCCAACAGUAUAGUUUUGGAUAUUACAUGUAUCGCUCGCUCAUCCUAAACUCCUGCCUAGGACAGCUCUCAGUGCUCUUCUUAUUAUCUUUAUUUCUUAUUUAGCUAGUAUCUGAAAGUAUCUCAAAGUGACUCAUUACAUCAUUGUAAUCAUUAUCACCCUCAAACGUUACCUCUCUCUUACAGACAUCGAUGUUAAAGUGGAGAGGCGGAGCUCGAUAACAGCAUGCAGGAGUGUUAGCCCCUGCAUCACCAAAGACAACUCUAAUCAUCGAGGGAAAUGAAAAAGAAAACUUGCCCCAAAUCCCGAACUCUUCUGCAGGACUCUCUUCUGCAGAGUUUUUCUGUUUGUACCUGAGUCACUUAAAGCUGAUGUGAAGAGGAUUUUGACCGACUACAAAAUCAAGACAGUAAAUGUCAAAAACGACCACCGGCCGACUUCAUAAACCCCUGGUGACCACUGUUCUGGUGUUACAUCCAGUGAACAUGAAGUGGAAACUCUUUUUGUUAGGUUUUUACAUUGAAGAUAUGUUCAGAAGUUAAUAGAAAAAUAAAGCUGUUUUAGCUAUUUCUGUCAACACCAUCAUUUUCCAUGUGAAAAAUUUGACUCCUUAGGAGUGCCAUGUUUCAGAUUGAUUUAUCUCUGCACAGCUGCAGCAGGGGGCACUGCAACUUUGGAAAUUAACUCUCCUAACCGACUCCACUAACUUAUUGUGGUUAUGUAAAGGAAGUGUUUUCUUUUCUUGCUGGAGACCUUUUUUUCCACUUCCCCAGAUAAGAGACCAUCUAAAAACAGUGUUACAACAUCCUGAGCAGCUCCUCAUCCUCAGGAAACAAGUGGAUGAAUUGACGUGAUUUUGGAAGCCUUAGAUUUUCUCAAAUAUUCGCAGUUUAAAAAAAAAACUUAAGUCCAUGUAGGCGGAUCAGGAAAGAAGAUUUGAAGAGACAUGCUGAGGUUUAUGAGACAUAAAGCCUUGGGACUUGUUCAUUCACUCCCUCACAUCUUUCUGUGAUCAUACUUUUUUUACAAGCAGCUGAUGUGGCAUUUGUCAGCAAUGAGGCUUUACAUUUUCUUUGAUUAUGUAAAAAUGUGCUCAGAACACCUUUUCGAUUCUCAGCAGCAUGAAAAAAGUAAAAAACUGAUGCUUGGUGGAAGCUUGUGUCUUAGCUGCCUCCUGUGACAGUGAGCUUAGGUUUUGAGUAGCCCUGCAAGACCUUGCUAAAGAAAACUUGGCUCAACAUUUGAGGGAAUUGCAUUCAAAGUUUCAAGAAAGAUGUUUUUUCAACAAAGGAUUACUCAGUGAAUAAGUCAAUGCUUCAGAUUUGACUAAGGUGCGGCAGAUGUUUGGAAUUUGAGCCUUAUGUGAAAAAUUUCAGUUUUUCCGACCCUGAAAGGCUCUCUGAAAAUUUGCGGGAUUUAUCUUUCUGGACUUUCUAAAUUUUUAAAAAAUUUCAACAAAAAAACUUUAACAGGUUUCCACAAAGAUUGCCAAGGUCCUUGACUCCGGUUUCAGCAGCUCUUACAAUUUACAUCAGUGGCCUAGUGCAAAGUGUAUUCAUUUUUUUAAUGACAAAUUUCAUGUUAAUAAUGGUUCAAAAUGUGACAUUUUUGUAAACCUAACAAGUCUUUCAGUGAGGUAGCUUGCAGUGCAUCACUCACAUCUGCCUGUCUCUUGAGCAUUAGUAACAUACUCAGUUUAUUAUGUUGCAUAACAGAUUAUUUAUUUUGUUACAUCUCAAUAAAUGUUAUUUUAUUUCUUAAA